CUUCGUUCUUCCUCUGCUUAUUCUUGCCUCUUUCAUCUCUCUCCAUUCGCAAUUGAAGUUUCCCUGAAAAAUACAACCCGCAUCUCUCAACUAUGGGUUGGUUCUGGGGCAAAUCCGAGGACCCCGUCAAGAAGUUGGACCCGGGUCUCCGAGAAUACCUCGAACAUGAAGCUCCCAAGAAAUACGUCCCUACGACGCCGGAGAUUCCCAAGCCGGUAGAUUCGCAGAGCCAGCCAUCGCAAGCGCCUCCGACCGCCGAAUCCGACGAGUCCUCGCAACCCGCCCUUCCCAACGCCUCCCUCUACCCCGACGGGCGCUAUGCCCACCUCUGGAAGACCUACAAGCCCCCCGCCAGCGAAGAAACCCAGAAGGGCGCGGAGCGAGUCAUUGAGAAAUACAAGCAGCGUGGCGACACCGUGCAUCGGGCUGCCAUGGAGAACUGCGCGUUGGAGCACGAGGAUUUGACAUACUGCUUCCAGACCGGCACGUGGUCGAAACGAAUCAAGUCGCGCAUGUCGAUGUGCCAUGAGGAGAACCACACCUUCUCUCGCUGCUUUACUACGCAGGCCAAAUUCCUCCAGGCACUCGGCUACGCCUCCGCCUUCAACUGGGACCCCGAACGAGAAGAACGCAUCCAGAUGCACGCCGACAAGCUCUAUCACGAAAUGAUCGGGUAUGAGAAGCAGGUGGAGGAAGCCAAGGCGGCGGGACAGGCGCCGCCACCCAUCACGUCGCUGUUCAAUCCCCAGGCCCGGCAGGAGAAGGCCGAAGCCAGUGCGGAUGCUCUGGAAAUCCCCGGCGGCGAGGCCAUCCCGGCCGGAUUCAAGCCCUCGAAACCCUUGGAGAAUCUGACGCCCCAUGAACGGGAAUUGGAGCUUCGCUCUCACUAUGCGCAGAUGGAACAGCAGAAAUUAUAUGCCCAGGAGGCAUUGCCCUUUGUCAAGGCGCAGGAUGACGCUCGAAACAAGCGGCGGGACAAGGCCGUCAGCUGGUUCGGAGAGACGGUGGGCAAAUGGAUCACAUAGCUGGACAUGUUAAAUGCAGGGAUAGAAGGGCCAUGGGGCUCAUGUAUGAUUACUUCUUGGAGUUGCCAUCUGCUCUCGGGGCUGUUGGUGGCGAGGCAGAUCUGAUUUGAUAGCGACUGCAAUGGACGGCGUUACGGGGAAUCAAUCAUGGACAUAAAUAUAGCCCAG